CAGCCAUUGCUGGGAUUGCGCAUGCGCACUGAUCCGCGUUUGCUUGGCCGGUUACACGGAUCCACUGGAGAAAAUCCGGAGGCACUAAAGGAGAAAAGUCAGCGGUCUGAGUUUAAAUCUGAGCUAAUCGGCUAGUUUGUGUACGUGUAUCGGCGUGUUAUUCAGCGUCAGUGGCGUGUUAAAGCGCCUAGUUUACCUCAGGGGGCCGUUUAUAUAAAUAACGCCAAGUCAGAGGUGAGAAAAGUGAAGUUUAUUGUUAGUGCUGCGGCGUGUUGUGUGUCAGGGCGUCAGACAGUCAGGACGUGAGUCAGGACGUGAGACAGGACGUGUGUCAGGGCGUCAGACAGUCAGGACGUGAGACAGGACGUGAGACAGGACGUGUGUCAGGGCGUCAGACAGUCAGGACGUGAGACAGGACGUGUGUCAGGGCGUCAGACAGUCAGGACGUGAGACAGGACGUGUGUCAGGGCGUCAGACAGUCAGGACGUGAGACAGGACGUGUGUCAGGGCGUCAGACAGUCAGGACGUGAGACAGACAGGACGUCAGACAGUCAGACAGACAGGACGUCAGACAGUCAGACAGACAGGACGUCAGACAGACAGGACGUUUGAACAGUGGUUUUUGUUGUGAACUCCCCGUCAUGGCGUGUGGAGCCACACUAAAGCGCUCCCUGGAGUUUGACCCGGUGAUGAAACAGAACUCCCCCAAACGGAGGCGUUGUGCCCCGCUGUCUCCCUCCACCACCUCCUCCUCCACCUCCUCCUCCUCCUCCCCGCGGAAAUACCUGCGUCUGGAGCCAUCACCCUUCAUCAGGAUGAACAGCACACCUACACCAGAACAAAUUCUGCACAACAUUAAACAAGAAUAUAAAAGGAUGAAGAGGAGACACCUGGACAACAGUUUAACAGAGUCUACUAAUGACUCUCAGCCCAGCACAUCUAUCACUAGUGUGUGUGUGAGCUCCUUGUCCCCCUCUAAAAAAGAACAGCCGUUGUUCAGCUUGAAGCAGGUGGGUUUGAUCUGUGAGCGUCUGCUGAAGGAGCAAGAGGAGAAAGUUCGAGAGGAGUUUGAGGAAACUCUCACUGCUAAACUUGCAGAACAAUACGACAUGUUUGUGAAGUUCACUCAUGAUCAGCUCAUGCGCAGGUUUGGAGAGCAGCCCGCCAGCUAUGUGUCAUGAGUGUACGUGUGAGAUCAUGUGUGUUUUCAGCGUGAGCUCCACCGAUGCUGCUCCAUGUUGUCAGGCCCUGCGUUUCCUGUCAUCUUCAGAUUCCACGUCGGUGUAACAGAUUCAGAGCUGCCUACAGUGCUGGUGCACUCUUCAGCUGUGUGUAUGCUUGUGCGUGCACACGCGUUUGUGUGUGUGUGCGUGUGUGUUCCUUCAAUAAUACAGAGGCUGUGAUUUUCAUUUCCUCAUCUCAUAUUUAUUACACCCUCCUUUCUUUUGAUGCCUUUUAAAUCAUCUUUCAUACAAUAAUUUGUGAGCUAGAGAUUAUUUUGGUUUCCAGUGAACCCUUGGCUUUGUAAAAAUACUUUCACAUGUACAAAAUCAUUCAUAUAUUUUGAUUUAAGUUUUUUUUAUUAUUAUUUUUAUUUGUUCUCCUUUGCUCAGUGCAUUAUGGUUUUAUAG